AAUGAAGCAAACUAAAUGAUUGUUCUAGAAUGGUUAUUCCUCACAGUUGCUCCUUGUGAUGCAGCGGAACCAUGACAUUUAGGAUCUCAAGACGUAGUGAGCCUUAUGAUGCAAGGAAUAAUGGACUUACAUCAUGAUAUAUUUUUCUUUCUCAUUCUGAUUUUGGUUUUCAUAUUAUGGUUCUUGGUUUGCGCUUUAUGGCAUUUCCACUAUCAAAAAAAUCCAAUCCUGCAAAGGAUUGUUCAUGGAACUACUAUCGAGAUUCUUCGAACCAUAUUUCCUAGUAUCAGCCCUAUGUUCAUUGCUAUACCAUCAUUUGCUAUAUUAUACUCAAUGGACAAGGUAAUAGUAGAUCCAGCCAUUACUAUCAAAGCUAUUGGACAUGAAUGGUAUCGAACUUAUGAGUAUUCCGACUACAACAGUUCUGAUGAACAGUCACUCACUUUUGAUAGUUACAUGAUUCCAAAAGAUGAUCUAGAAUUUAGUCAAUCACAUUUAUUAGAAGUGGACAAUAGAGUGGUUGCUAGCCAAACUCAUCUAAGUAUUAUUGUAACAUCUGUUGAUGUACCUAAUUGGGUUGUACCUUCCUCAGGUGUCAAAUGUGAUGUUGUACCUGGUCGUUUAAAUCAUAUCUCUAUUUCGGUACAACGAGAAGGAGUUUACUAUGGUUAGUGCAGUGAGAUUUAUGGAAUUAAUCAUGACUUUACACGUUGUCUGACAAUUAUGCGAUUCGAAAGAAGUCUUCUACAGAGGGAUAGCCUGUAUCGAGUAAGUGGAGAGGAAAGAUCUCUAGAGAUUCUUAUCUCAUUCCAUUGCAGUGGCUCGACCAGUAACCAAUGGCAAAAACUAAAAAUCCAUGGUUUCCUGAUAGUUUCCCAUUUUGACUAA